AUGGCCACAUCACCCUCACCUCCCCCUAACCUCGCCCUCUCCAUCUCCGAAGGCACCCUCCACACCGACGACCACAUCCCCCUCUACACCAAAACCUGGACCAACAACCCCGAAUCCCUCACCGCCCGUCUAGUCUUCGUCCACGGCUUCAGCGACCACAUCAACUGCUAUGGCACACUCUUCCCCUCCCUCGCGCACCGAGGAAUCAAAGUGUACGCCUACGACCAACGCGGCUGGGGCCAAAACGUGCGUUCACCCCGCGACAGAGGCAACACGGGAAACACGACACGCAUCCUCGGAGAUUUAACCUGCAUGUUGGAAUCCGUUCUCGCGCGAGAAGAGGAAUCGCACAUUCCGCUCUUUCUGAUGGGCCACAGUAUGGGCGGUGGAGAAGUGCUGUGGUAUGCGGCCAAUGGACCACGGGAGAUUCGAGCGCGGAUUCGAGGGAUUUUGUGCGAAUCGCCAUUUAUUGCUUUGCCUCGGAAUUCGCGGCCGUGGAAAUCUACUGUGCUGUUGGGGAAAUGGGCGAGUCGCGUGUUGCCGCAGAGGCAGAUGGUGUCGAAGUUGGAUACGAGUAAAAUGUGUCGCGAUGUCGAAGUGUGUCGGGAGUGGGACGAGGAUCCGUUGUGUCAUGAUACGGGGACGCUGGAGUGUUUGACGGCGAUGUUGGAUCGUGCGGGGGAUUUGGAGGAGGGGAGGGCGGUGAUCAAGGAGGGUGAGGGCGAAGGGGGCAAAACGAGAGUGUGGAUUGGGUUUGGGACGGGGGAUCAGGUGGUGAGUUAUGAGGCGUGUGAGAAGUGGUUUCGACGUUUGCAGGUGGAAGAUAAGGAGUUGAAGGCGUAUGAGGGAUGGUAUCACAAGUUGCAUAGUGAGCCGGGAGACGACAAGCGGACGUUUGCUCAUGAUGUCGCGCAAUGGAUCUUGGAUCGGAGCGGCCCUCUGGACAAUGCUGUCAAGCCUCGAUUGUAA